GCUAGACAGCAGUACUGGCAUAUCUCUGUGUGCGCGCUGUCAUUAUUUGCUAAUGCGACUGAUUGCCUGUCAUCAUAUCAGGAGCACGACAUCAGCACUUUGCGGGCACGGGGAAGCGACAAACAACAACAGACCUCACGCGGCAACAUCGGCGACCAUGGGCUGGAUCUCCAAAUCAACGUCGGCAUUUGGCUUGCUGCUAUUAGCGCACGCCUGCUAUUCUGCCCACGAGCACUCUGCACUACUCGCCUACCGUACGGCAUCUCUUGCAUCCCUCGCAGCGCCGCAGGCAAAUGCCGCGUCUUCACUGCCGAUAGACAUCACGAUCGAGACCAUUGUGGCAACUCUGAUCAUCAGCCUUGGGCUUGUGUUGGGAACUUCGACCCUGCGCCCUAUCCAGUGGCGCGUGUGGGCUGGGCAAAUUGAGAGAGAAGGAGAAGCCGGGUUCAAGAAUAGCAGUGGCGAGGUCGACAAGACAUACAUUGGCAACCCGUACCGCCUGCUGGAAAGCAGGCCAGGAUUCGUGGACAUCCGGAAGCAGAGAAAAGAAUUCGCGGACUGGGUCAAGGCCAAAUAGAUGGUUGUUCCAGCGCGCGUAGAUGUCGCCGUUCGUUAUAUAGCGCCGUUGUGAUGGUCUCAAUAUGACUGGGUUCGUUGCAGGACAUGCUCGCCAGAUGUCUUGUCCUGCAUAUCGAUACAUUCUCCGACCGCAUUAUCUCUCGCGUACACUCGUAAACGAAGCUCAAACAAGGGAGCACUUUUUGGAUGCUCAAGGCGAUGGG